GAGACCUCACAAAUGUGAUUGGAGAAUUCCAAUGGAUUGCCAAUGGAAAUCCAUUGGCAUCGUUCAGUCCCAUUUGUGAUGGGUAAUUCUCCCACUACUACUUUUUGGAAGAAAGUCAUAAAAGCGCAUGUGAGAGCUCUGGUGUAGAUUAAUUUCAAAUUUCAACUGCCAUUGAAGCACAUUGAGAUCUCAAGUGUCCAGUUGAGAAGAAAGAUUAUUUAUAAUUAUUUACGAUACUGUAAUCAACAAUAACGACUUAUUGUGAAAAAAUAUGAGUAAUACGGAAUCACCUUCAACGAGUAGAUCGAAACGUCAAAAGAUUGAUAAAACUGGGAGACUAUCAGCCUUAGAAAAAUUGAAACAGUUGAAGGGUAGUAAACAUAAAUACGAAGUUGAUCAGUUAGAAAAUGUGUACGAUGAAGUUGAUGAAAAAGAAUACAGUCGAACUGUAAUAAGCAGGCAGAAUGAUGAUUGGAUCAUUGAUGAUGGGGAGAGUGGUUAUGUUGAAGAUGGCAGAGAAAUUUUUGAUGAUGAUUUGGAUAAUGAAAGUAUCCAAGAAGCAAGAAAACACAAAGUUUCUGGUCCAAGGAAAAACAAAAAAGAAGAUGUCAAAAAAAAGGGAUCGAUUCAAAACAUGUUGAUGAAUAUGCCAACUAAAAAAAAAGCAGAUGUUGGACUCAAUGAUGACAAUAUUUUAGGAGAUUUAAUGUCAGAAUUAAAAAAAAAUGAUACACCAACAAAGCCAGAAACAAGAACAGUUAGAAAUAAAUUUUGUACUACUUCUAAAGUGAAUAAAACUACCGAUAUCGGACAGAAACAAGAAUCUGCUUUGGAACAAAACAAAAUGCAGUCCAAUAAUGAUGAUGAUUUUGCGAUGUUUGAUGCAGUUAGGAAGACAGAUAUAAAUAAACAAAACGAGUCAAAUUUCCAAUUAGGAAAUAGUAGUAGCCAAAACAUUAUCGAUGAUGAAUGGUGCGAUGAAUCACAAACAGUUUCUAAAAUAUCGGAUGUAGAAUUGAAAAACAGUGUCACUGAAAAAAGUAGUAGUCAAGUAAUAGAGGAAGAAAGUGAAGAUCUUAGUCAAUUUGUUGGAGACUUUUGCAGUUCAGAUUUCGAAAAUGAAUGUACAAGUCACAUUGGAAAAUCAGGACCAUCUACCAUUGUGGAAAAUAGUAAACCGGAGCCUGAAGUUAAGAAUCUAAAUAUUGAAAACGAAAUGUUUGAAGCCAUAGACUUUAGCAAAAUAUUGGAUACUGAAUUUUCAACACAAACGCAAAAUGUUGAAGUUUCAGUAGAUACUACAGAAUUGCCUUUACCAUUUACAAGUAAUGCCAAUAAAGAAGAAGUGUUUAGAUUUUAUUGGUGGGACGCAUACGAAGAUCCGUACAAACAACCUGGAGUUGUAUAUUUAUUUGGAAAAGUCUUUGUACCGUCUAUAAAAACUUACUGCUCUUGCUGUUUAACAGUUAAAAAUAUUCCUCGAAGAAUUUAUCUUCUUCCUAGAGUGCAUAUAAAAUCUUCCAAGGAUACUAACGAUGAACCAAAAUUGAAUUCAAUGGAAGAAGUUUAUAAAGAAUUUAAUCAGUUUGCAAAUAAAUCAGGAAUAAAAGAGUUCCGUUGUAGUACGGUUACAAAACAUUAUGCUUUUGAGCAGGAAGAUACUCCAUUAGUAUCUGAAUAUUUGGAAGUGAGGUAUUCAGCGCAAUAUCCGGCUAUGCCUUCUGAUUAUACUGGAUCGUCGAUAGAACGCGUCUUUGGUACAACAAUAAAUCCUUUGGAAUUACUUAUAAUAGAAAGAAAUAUUAAAGGACCCUGUUGGUUGGACGUGAAAUGUCCAUUACCAACUGGUGUACAGACCAGUUGGUGUAAAAUCAAGGUGAAUUGUAUGAAGAUGGAGAACAUAUCAGUUUGUUCUGAGACUCAAGCCUUACCACCAUUAGUAAUAAUGACUUUAAAUAUACGGACAUCAUUGAAUUCGAAAUCUCAACAAAAUGAAAUAGUCAUGAUUGCAAUAUUAAUACAUCAUAAAUUUCAUGUCGAUAGAGAACCUCCUAAACCUCCGUUUCAGCAACACAUUUGCUUAAUCACACAUCCGCGUGAUAUUCCUUGGCCGCGACAAGCACGCGAAAUGUUCUCGAAAAUUUCAUACACUAAAGUAAUGAAAUUUGAUACCGAAGUGGAUCUACUUGAAGAAUUGCUAAAAAUAGUGAACACAGUAGAUUCAGAUUUAUUAAUUGGAUAUGAUUGUGGUUUUCAAUUCGAUAUACUAAUGCACAGAAUGUUCACUCUAAAAGUUCCAAAUUGGAGUAGAUUUGGAAAGCUAAGACGCUCUAUGCCACCUUUAAUUAAGGGGAAAAUAAAUAUGAAUCAAGUACUUGCUGGUCGUCCUUUGUGUGAUAUACAAGUUUCAGCUAAGGAAUUGAAUCUAAAAGUUAGAAGUUACGAUCUCCAAUCUCUCUGCAUAGCGGUUUUAAAGAAAAAGGAAAAUGAAUGCAAGGAAAUAAAACCUGGUGAAUCUGGAUUAUUUUACGCUACAACAAGUAAAGUAGAUAAUUUAAUUAAAAUAACACUAACAGAGGCAUUGUAUAUUCUCUCUAUUGUACUUGAGCUUAAUGUUCUCCCACUUGCACUACAAAUUACAUGCAUUGCUGGAAAUAUUUUAUCAAGAACAUUAACAGCAGGACGCGCAGAAAGAAAUGAAUAUUUAUUACUACAUGCUUUUCACUUAAAAAAUUAUGUAACUCCAGAUAAACGAGUUACAAGAAGGGGAAAGAAUGCUGAAAACAAUGAAAAUACUGGCAAGAAGAAGGCAGCUUAUGCUGGGGGUUUAGUUCUUGAUCCAAAAAAAGGAUUUUACGACAAACUGAUAUUAUUGAUGGACUUCAAUUCCUUGUAUCCCAGUAUAAUCCAAGAAUACAAUUUGUGUUUCACUACUGUCCCUGGCGCUGCAUAUGCUGAUGUCGAGGAUUUAAGUAUUCCCGAAUCAAAUCUAGAGCCUGGAGUAAUUCCAACAGAAAUUCGCAAAUUGGUUGAGAGUAGAGUGGAAGUGAAAAAAUUAAUGAAGGCACCAAAUAACUCACCCGAGUUGAAAAUGCAAUAUAAUAUUAGGCAGUUGGCUUUGAAACUAACAGCUAAUUCCAUGUACGGUUGUUUAGGCGCAACUCAUUGUAGAUUUUAUGCUAAAGGACUUGCUGCUCUGGUAACAGCAAAAGGUCGAGAAAUUUUACGACACACAAAAAAUAUUGUUGAAAAAUUGAAUUAUGAAGUUAUAUAUGGAGACACAGACUCCAUAAUGAUAAAUACUAAUUUAAUAGAGUAUGAAGAAGUUUUCUCUGUUGGUAGGAAGAUUAAACAAGAAGUGAAUAAACUGUACAAACGGGUGGAAUUAGAUAUUGAUGGUGUAUUUCGCUAUUUACUACUUCUACAAAAGAAAAAGUAUGCUGCGGUUAUAAUGACAAAAUUACCUAACGGACAGAUCGAAUUAACGCAAGAACAUAAGGGUUUGGAUAUUGUGAGAAGGGACUGGUGUCAGCUAGCUUGCGAUGUUGGAAAAAAAAUCUUAGAUCAGUUACUUUCUGAUCAAUCUAACGAGAAUCGGCUAGAAAAUAUUUUCCUGAUGUUGCAAAAUGUUGCGAAAAGUGUUCGAGAAAAACAAGUUUCUUUAUCAUCGUUAGUUAUUACAAAACAGUUAUCGAAAAAUCCAAACGAAUAUUCGGAUGCCAAGCAAGCUCAUGUGCAAGUAGCUUUAAGAUUAAAUAAGGAAGGUGGUAGAAUGUGGAAAGUUGGUGAUACUGUGCCAUACAUUAUAUGUGAUGAUGGAACAGAGAAAUCUGCAACUGAUAGAGCAUAUCACAUCGACGAGUACAAAAAGAGCAGUUCUUUGAAAAUUGAUGUUAAUUAUUAUUUACUAAGUCAAGUAUUUCCGAUUGCGUUGAGAAUUUGUGAACCAAUCGAAGGAAUCGAUGACGUGUUACUAGCUCAGAAUUUGGGUUUGAAGAACAUUUAUAAAUCUAAAAGAGUGAUACAUGAACAAGAAAGCAACGAUAUACCAUUGUUAGUAAAUGAUGAUAGAUUUAGAUUUUGUCUUCCAUUCAAAUUUAAGUGUGCAGAUGAAAAAUGUCGAUCCGAAAUUGUAGUAAAAGACAUUGUUAUCGAAACGCCCAACGGUAAUCAAUUAUCACUUGCAUCAUGUUCAAAUCCAGAGUGCACGGUACAACCAUGGACAUAUGUAAAUGCUAUACAAAAUGCAUUAACGCUUGCUGUACGAGAAGCAAUUACGGAAUAUUAUGAUGGUUGGUUAGAAUGCGAAAAUCCAUUAUGCGGAGAAAGAACACGAAGAAUUCCAUUAGGGUUUUAUGGAAAAUAUCCACCUUGCAGGAAAUGUGGUGCUGAUAUGCAUAGAGAGUAUUCAGAAACAAAACUUUACAAUCAACAGUGUUUUUAUCUUCAUCUAUUUGACGUGAGUCAAUCAAAGUAUAAAAACUUACUAGCACAAUAUCCACAAGGUAUGAGAGCAGCAUAUGAUUGUUUAAAAGAAGCAAUGGAAAAGGUAUUGAAACGAAAUGCAUUUUCUGUUGUAUGCUUGGACACGUUAUUCGGAAAUAUGAAUGUAGCACACAAGUCAACAGAUCAAAAUACACCUAUUUUGAAUAUAUAUGACACAUCAGAUGAUGAGAGUUGCUAAUACAAUCGAUACGGAAGUUAUAAAUUUUAAAUAAUGUCAGAAUUUCUUCAUUUUUCACCCAAAAGUUGACCACAAUUCAUAACUUCAUAUGAUUCUAAUAAAAAUUAGUAUUGAUAAGUCU